UGGCGUGAAGAGGCGAACUGCGCCAUGUGAAUCUCGAUGGGCUUGUUUUAUUUUCAUUUGCACAAUAAUACAAAUUAUUCGCGAAUCAGAUAAUGAAUUUACCCUUAAGCUUUUUUGAAAUCUAACUAAUCUAACUCAAGAGGCAUUUCAGUUUUUGCCCGAUUCAUGAUGAAGUGCCACUACGAAGUGCUGGAUGUGGAACGGACUGCCACUGAUGAGGAACUCAAGAAGGCAUACAGGAAGCUGGCCCUCAAAUGGCAUCCUGACAAGAACCCUGACCAAAUCGAGGAGGCGACCGCCCAGUUUCGGCUGGUGCAGCAGGCCUACGAGGUGCUGAGUGACGCUCAGGAGCGGGCCUUUUACGACCGACACCGGGAGCAGAUUCUGCGCGGCGGGUUUGACAAUGACUACAAGGACAACAGUCUGAACGUGUACCAGUACUUCACGGCGUCUUGCUACAGCGGUUACGGAGACGACGACAAGGGUUUCUAUGCCGUUUACAGAGAGAUUUUCAAGACGUUGGCUGCUGAGGAUUCGGAUUUCGCCAAAGAUGGAGACAGUGAUUUCGAGAUUCCCGAAUUCGGUAACAGCCAGAGUGUUUUUGAAGAGGUGGUGCAGCCGUUCUACGCGCACUGGCAGUCGUAUUGUACCCGUAAAACGUACACAUGGCUGGACAAGUACGACAUACGACAGGGCCCCAACCGAUGGACUGUGCGGCAGAUGGAGAAGGAGAACAAGAAGAUUCGCGACAAGGCGCGCAAGGAGCGCAAUGAGGAGGUGCGCGCGCUGGUGGCGUUCGUGCGGAAGCGAGACCGGCGCGUGGCGGCCCAGCAGCGCCGUCUGCAGGAGCGUGCUGCCGAGAACGCGCGGCGCGCUGAGGAGCAGCGGGACCAGCAGCGGCAGCAGCGGCUGCGGGAGAUGGCAGACUACACGGAGGCCGAGUGGAGCCGCGCCGACCAGAGCCAGCUGCAGCAAAUGGAGGCGGCGAUCGCGCGGGAGUUUGGUGAGGCGGUGUCGGACAGUGAGGACUCGAACAGCGAGCAGGAGGCCGAGGACGACCACCUUUACUGCCCCGCCUGCGACAAAGUCUUCAAAACAGACAAAUCGUUCAAGAACCACGAGGGCUCGAAGAAGCACCGCGACAACGUGGCGCGCCUGCGGGAGACACUGCUGGAGGAGGAGGAGACCCUGAACGGCGACACCGGGGCGGCGGUCAGCAGCGGGGAGGGCGACCGAUCUCCCGACGAGGGUCCGGCGCAACCCAGCAGUGCCAAGUCCAAGAAAAAGAAGCGUCAGAAGCGGCGGGCGGCGGCGGCUGUCGCCGACCCCGGCCUGAACAUGUCCCGGGGCGCGGGUGGGGGUCUGUUCGCCGAGACGGCCGACCUGGCCGGGGACUCGGGCUCGGACGGCGAGGCACCGGACUCGGCCGAUGACGCGGAGCUGGCGGCGGCCGCGGCGGCACUGCGGCUUCAGGAGCAGUCGGAGCAGCCGCAGGCGCCGCCCGCCGCGCCCCGGCUCAAGGGAAAGAAAGCCAAGGACGCGCGGAAAAAGGCCAGGGCGGAACAGCAGCAGGCGGCGCCACCGUCCGAGGCGCCCGACUCAGCAGCCGCCAUCCUGGCCUGUGAGGUAUGUCGGUCCUCCUUCCCCUCCAAAAACAAACUGUUCGACCACCUCAAGAAGACCGGCCACGCUGUGAUAAAGAAGGCGUCUGGCAAAGAGGGCGCGCCUCCGGCCACAGCCGACAAGAAGGCCAGGAGAAAACGGUGACCGCCGCGGUCGGCUGCUAGUGUCUGACUGUUGGGGCGGGACGGAGGGUAUUUAUUGAGUCGGCAGGGAUGGGAGGCGAUAGCAUAACAUUUCCUCCCAUCUAGUCGCCCUCCCACGCCCUUUAUAGGACAAUUUUGAGCCAGAGUGCAACGUAAUGAGGUGGUUUUCGUGUCAUAUCGAGGCACAGCCUAUGCGGCAUAGUUCGCAGUGAUAUAUCUCAUAAAGGCCUACCAUUAUUUGUUGAAUGGUCUGUUUUAGGCUAAAGGUGUCAGACAAUACAUUUUGAGACUGCUAA